AUGUCUGCCUUGCGAGCAUGCUUGUUUGCUCCCGAGGAGGUAGGAUGCCUCCUGGUACGCACGGGCAGCCGUUGGAAACUUUGGAGGGAAAGAGAAGGUGCGGUUGAGCUGUACCAUAACGAUGAGAACGAGACAUAUACAGCAGCUUGUUGGGUUAGCCCCCACAAGAGCUUGCAGGCCGGGCAAUGUCUGGUGCUCGGCUGCGCCAGCGGCCGGGUGCAAUCUUGGGAUGCAACAUCCGCAGAAUUGCUCGGUCGCCCUGCCCAGGCCUUUCAUGCUCUGGCGAGCGGUGCUGACUGCGGCGUUUCAGCUCUGGCAGCUCCUUCAGCCAUCAGGGGCACAGUUUUCGCUGCAUGUUCCGGCUUGCCCGACAUCCUGGAGAUCGGACUGGUGGAUGGCGUCACCAGAAGCUCCUUUUGCAGUGGGAAGAAUGCAGUUUCUGGCUUGGCCACUUCGUGUUCCGCGACCGAAUGGCUUCUGAGCUCUUCUUUGGGAGCCCCUUUGAAGCUGUGGCGCUUGCCAGCUGCCGGUGCAAGCUUGUCCAACUUGCGCAAGGCUCACAGGUGCUUGAAGGCGCCAGCGGGCGGCUCUUCGCACGUGGAUCUUUGCAGCUUCGAGGGUCGUUUGCUGGCGUUGGCUGCAGAUGGCACGAUGCAGGUUGAUUUUUUUGAUGCCGGCCCCGAAGAACAAGGACCGCAUCCUCUAGCAUGA